UAUGCCUUGAGAAGCGAAAGUUUGGGUAACAAUGGAGUGGCCAGAAAUCUUCCAAGUUGCAACAUGCUCCUUAGGAUUCAUCACUCUUUCUAAAGCUUUGAUCUACUUUGUGAGAUGGGUGUGGAUUAUGUUUUUGAGGCCUCCCAAGAAUCUCAAAACCUAUGGUUCAUGGGCUAUCGUCACCGGUUCAACUGACGGAAUCGGGAAAGCCAUUUCCUUGGAAUUGGCUUCCAAAGGACUCAACAUCCUUCUGGUUGGUCGAAACCCUCAAAAGCUCGAAGCCACAUCGAAGGAGAUCAGAGACACACAUGGUGGAUCUGUGGAAGUGAAGCUUGUGGUGAUAGACUUUGAGACUAUCAAUGGAGAAGAAAUAGUGAGGAAGAUAAGGGAAGCGACACAAGGUUUAGAUGUGGGUGUGCUGGUGAACAACGUUGGCAUGGCAAGCCCUUAUCCGAGGUUCUUCCAUGAAGAUGAUUUGGAGUUUAUGGAAGCAAUUAUUAAAGUGAAUUUGGAAGCAGCAACUUGGGUGACGAAGGCUGUGAUUGAAGGAAUGAUCCGAAAGAAAAAAGGAGCCAUCGUCAACAUUGGAUCUGGUUCUUGUUCUAUGAUUCCUUCGUAUCCUCUCUGCACUCUCUAUGCUGCUACAAAAGCAUAUUUUUGGAUGUUCUCAAAAUGCAUUGGUUUAGAGUACAAAUCACAAGGAAUUGACGUCCAGUGCCAGGUACCAAUGUUGGUAGCAACAAAGAUGGUAAAACUGAAGACAUCAUUAUUUAUUCCAACGGCCAAGGAUUACAGCAAAGGUUGUGUCAGAUGGUUUGGUUAUCAUGAGAGUCUAUGUGUGCCCUACCUCUUACAUUCUCUUCAAUGUCUUCUCUUGCGAAUGGUUCCUCAUUCUCUUGUGAAUUGGCAUCUCAUGCGACAACAUCUUUAUAUGCGUAAAAGAGGAAUUGCCAAGUAUUCCAAACUCAAAGCAUUACAAGAAUCUCAAGUAAACAACAACAAUUAGAAUUAUAAUAUAUUAUAUAGAUCUGUUAUAAGCUUCUGUUAUUAGAUGAUUAAUGAAAUAAACAGAAAGUUCUCUGUUCUGCAUUUUUUAUUUUAAUUUGUGUAUGAUCAGUUGCUCCUAAGGGGAGUUAAUUUACUACGACGUAACAGACAUGUUAUAAUGCUAUGAUUACAGUUAUUAUUA